GGACAGUCGAAGGCAGAAAGGAAGAGGGAACGGUGCUUUUGAGGAGUUAAUAUGCUUUCCCUGAUCAUCCAUCUCUAUCGGGAUCCCUCAGCAGUAUGAUGCCUCUAGAUAGUACCAGGGAGAGGGAGAUCAUGCUGGCACAUAUUCUUGAGCGAUCAUGUCCUCCGAAGGGAUGUUGGAGAGGUCUAAAGGUGGGACCAUUGGAACCAAUUUAUUUUGGUGCCUCUGUGCCAGGAAAGGCUUCUGGAGACAAGAGUGGCUCUUCGAGUCUUCCACACAGCACACGAAAAGCUGGCCCAACUUUCCAUUCUCCAAACAAGGCCUUUCGUUUGCGGCAGAACUUCAUCUUCGAAUCUGUCGUGGAAUUGACGCCUGUGCUCUCGCACGGCCACAUCCCUAUAGCCAUGGAUGAGGAAUUCGCUAGGAAGGGAAUUGCGAAUGCAGUCUACGCGAGGGAUCGAGCUGUGGAAAAGAGAGCGAUCAUGGAUGUUGUGCUAGAGGUAGAAGACAAUCAUAAUCAUCAGGGAGGUUCGUCUGGAAGUCAGAAAAUCCUAGCAGCAAAGCGUGUCUUGCCAAGGAGUCGGCAUUGGCUAUACGGCAGUAGGAGAGCAAGAAGUAGAACUUCUUCUUCUCUAUCGGCAUUCUUAUGGGAUGUGGAUCCCCGGGACUACAGCAAAAGUCGAACUGAACAAGAAGAGCUAUCAUCCUCUCCACCACUGCCAAAGCUCUACUAUAUCAACUUAGAUCGCAGUACACUACGUCGAAAAAGAAUGCAACUUCUUCUAGGUACCAGCUCAUGCCUGGGCUCAGCAUUGACGUGUCCUACGCGCAUUAGUGGACUCGACCACUACGAUUCGAAACGAUGGAUGCAACUAACGACCGGUGCUGGAGGCACUCCAGAUGAGCAAGGAACAGGAGUCCAAAAUAGUAUCAAGAGCAAAAUAAAGAUAAAGUUGCCAAUUGGUCACGAAGCUAGUGCGAUUUCGCAUCUUCUCGCCAUUUAUCAAAGCUUCGUGGAUCUGGUAGUGCGACCAGCAGUGGUGUCGGAUAAGAAAUCUGCUGUUGCUGCUACUGCAAGUGAACAAACUAAUGUAGUAACCGAGAAGGACGAGAAGAAGGUUAAAAACGCUAACAAAGAGUUAGCUAAAAAAGCAAAAGACAUUUUAGCAUUAGCAGCAGAGAUGACGGACGACAACGAUCAGAGGAACGAUAUCACCGCUGUCAUCGUGGAGGAUGACAUUUCGACGACGUGGAUUGACAUUGGGUUAUGAGACACGAUAGUAAGAUUAAGGCUCAGCUUUCAAUGGUCACCAUUUAGAUUGGAGUCACUGAGAUCGAAGAAGCGACCCUCUUAGAGAACAGGGGAAAAGGAAGGGAAAGGGGAGAGCUUGGAAGGGGGUCUCUUCCGUUCAGCAUCAGUGGCCACUGAGUGCUGAGCUUUAAUAAGCGCACUAGUUUUCUUUUUCUUCUGACAUUUCGUCAGCGUCGUAGUCGUUUCUAGAAGGAGAGAGUAUCUUGAGUUACUUAGGCUUACGUUAGUUGGUUUGCGGUUUUAUUGUAUUUUGACAUAGAUCAUUCGCGUUUCUGAUUCUUGUACUGAAUGGUUUCGGUAUUUGGCAGCCUGAAUUUGAUCACAGGGAUUCCCUUCUUGUUUUCCCUUAUGAUCAAAAUCAGGCUACCGCUACCAAAUACCAAAACAAUACAUGCACUAAUAAUUCUUGUCGUGGUCAACUCUAAAAGCUUGGGGUAGCGUCUCUUUGGAUGACCUCCGAAGUGCUAUUUCUCUCCACGAUCCGGCAUGGACGACACUGCGCCUUGGCACUGCAGAAACAUGUGCUCCUGGGACUUCUACAUCAACUUCCACGGAAAAAGAUAACAUCACUGGGAGUGAAGCAAAUGAAAAGAUGCCUGGUGCACUUUUCACUCCUGAACAACUACAGGAAGGUUUUCCUUUCCUGAGCAGUACUGCAACAAGUUUGGUGGAAGAGGAGAACCACAACUCAGCAGCAACGUCCGUAGACGCAGCUGUGAUGGAACAGCAGGAGUUGUACGAUUACAACGAGCAUUCAGCCUUGAACUUUGAUGAAGAAACGAAAGUCAAAGACAAAGACUCAGCAAGAAGUCAAUGUCGUGGCACUGCGGCCUAUAUGAUUUCCAGGAAAGGUAUGGAUGGAGAGUCUAAAACAACUUGGCUAAGUAUGCUGAUCCAGAUUAGGUGCCCGGAUCCAUAUCCUAAGCUAAUCUGAUUAGAGCCAGGACAACAUAUAGUUGAAAGUUUCGCCUUGUUAGUAUGGCUAGACCUGCUACUGCUACGGUCGCGUUUAUGUAGUGACCGUGUCAACAUUGAGAUUUAAUUACUACUUUCUUUGACAACAUUGACUCUCUCGAAAACUCAAAAUAACCGAGUAGCCAACUGAAGCAACACGGCACUCCGCUCCUUUUCUUUCAGUAUCUCGCAUAUUUUAAGAUAACCGAGUAGCCAAUGCCAACUGAAGCAACACGGCACUUUGCUCCUUUUCUUUCAGUAUCUCGCUUAUUUUAAGUAGUUACUCGCUUAUUUCAGUUUAUCGAAUAGACUUGAUCAUGCUGCGUGUCCUUCACCUUCUCUGUGCUCUCGUGUUCAUUGAGGGCAUGCUGGCGAUUUUGCGCCGUCAUGUGAUAGCUGUCGAUGAGGAGACCAACGUCCCGCGUUUAACUCUCGGACAGGAGUUUAAAUCGAAGGAAAUGAUGCUAUUCGCAGGAAAUGAUGGCGAAAAGCAGCAAGGUCGUGGACACAAAAUGGAGAAUGGUUAUGGCAAGGAGAAUGAUUAUGGCAAUGGCUCCUGAGGGUGAGGCUUCUGUGGGUCUUCUACUCGACUGGUAAUCGAACAAGAUACUCACGACUUAUAUCCUUUAUUUACGCCAUGCGCGACGAGGGCUGUAACUGUACUCUUUAUUCUCCUCUCUCAAGGAUGUCUAGGAAGGAUUUUGUCUACCUUUGAUAUUACAGAGACUCACCACGAAUCUAUCAGCAUCAGGAUCCGAUUGGAAGUCGAAAUAGCAAGCUCUAAAGCAUCAAGAAGGGGGACACUAAGGCAAUCCGAGAGCGUCAGAGCGCAACACCUCGAACAAACCAGCAUUCCUGGCGCCUCCGGAAUGUGUAUCUCUACGAGGCAUUAAAACAUCCGUGGCCGGUUAUUGAGAAUUUUGAGGCACUACGAUCUGUGAAAGUUCUGUCGACGGCUAGAGAACUCCGCAAACUCGAUACGAUCGUCAACACCUACCGCGCACGAGAAAGGGCACUGAAUGAAUUCUUACUUGGCGGAUAAAAAAGUACUUAAAACAACUGAUGGACAAGCAAGAGCAGCAAACAGCAAUGCUGAACUAAGUGUAGUUCGUACAUGCUGAAGUGUAGAAAUGUGGUGAUUUUUUCAUCUUUCUGAUGGAACAUCCUCUAGAAUUUUCUUUCUUGAGUUUGAAAAUAGGUGAAUAUCAGAGGUUCAUAUUGCUCUAGUCAAAAAAUCAUAUCUUCAAAUUUUUAUGUAAACUCGGAUUAGCUGGUAGGUCCAAUAUCGAAAAAUUGCUAUUGUAAUGUCAAAGCUCUCACCAGGAUUUAAAUUUGAAUUAAAUGAGAUAAAAUCAAGAUUUUUGGUUUUUGAGCAUUUUUUUUUCGAUUUCAAUUUAUUUUAUAUUUGAAUUUCUUUAGUAUCUCAUUUUAUGGGUUCUUGGCAUACUUCUGUGAUAGUCCAUGAAUUAUAGAGAUUUUUUGGCACAGUAAAGGUGGAGAAUUAUUAUUUGUAGCAUUUCAACAUGAUUUUGUGGGGGCGCAGCUAUUGAGUGAGGCAUGUCCUGGGAAUGUGCUGAAAAUAUCGCUCGUCUGGAUUUAAGCUCAUUUAGAAAAAGAUAAGAUCAAAAAUUUAUGGUCUCAGAAGAUUUUCAAAAUCCAAAAUUUGUAAGACC